AUGUCAGCACUUUCUAUCCAGGAAGUUCCCAAUAACAGCACCGCAAUGGCCCCCACCUUCCUUCUGGUGGGCAUGCCAGGUCUGACAACAGCACCCUCCUGGUGGACAGCUCCUCUCAUCGCUGUCUACCUUCUCUCUGCCCUGGGCAAUGGUGCAAUCCUCUACAUCAUCGCCCUGGAGCCCACCCUGCAUCGACCAAUGUACUUCUUCCUUUUCCUGCUUAGUGUGUCUGAUGUUGGCUUAGCCACAUCCCUAAUGCCCACCCUGCUGGGGCUUGCCCUUGCUGAUGCUCACGCUGUACCUGCCUCAGCCUGUCUCCUACAGAUGUUCUUUGUCCAUUUCUUUUCAGUCAUGGAAUCCUCUGUCUUGCUUACCAUGGCCAUUGAUCGGGCAUUGGCCAUCUGCCACCCGCUCCGCUAUCCAGCACUUCUCACCCGUGGUGUCAUUAGCAAGAUUGGCCUGGCCAUUGCUCUCCGAUGUCUGAGCCUCCACCUACCCCUGCCAUUCCUCCUAGCCAACAUGCCUUAUUGUCACCCACAGGUCCUCACCCAUUCUUAUUGCUUGCACCCAGAUGUAGCCCGUCUGGCCUGCCCAGGAUCUUGGUGUUCCAUAUAUAGUCUGUGUGUGGUUCUCUCAGCCAUGGGAUUAGACCCCCUGCUCAUUUUUGUCUCUUAUGGCCUAAUUGUCAGGAUUUUGCAAGGCAUGGGGUCCAGUGAGGAUCGUUGGAAGGCAGGUCAAACCUGUGCUGCCCACCUCUCUGCCGUGCUUCUCUUCUAUGUACCCAUGAUCCUCCUGGCACUCAUCAACCGCCUGAAGUUGCCAAUCCCUCAGCCUUCCCACACACUUCUCUCCUAUGUCCAUUUCCUACUUCCUCCACUAAUAAACCCUAUCAUCUAUAGUGUCAAGAUGAAAGAAAUCAGAGAAAAAAUAUUAAAAAGGUUGCAGCCUAGAAAAGUGGAUUGUGCUCAGAGAGGAUGA